CAAUUUUUAUAAGGAAGAACAAAAAAAAGUGAGCUGUCGCACAAUCGAGCUCUCCUUCUUCAGCCAUUUCUCUUCUUUCCGUCUUCUUCUGGUUUUUUCGUCUCACACACCUCCCGCUUGGGUGUUCCGAAGGUUUCCGAUCUCUCGAAUCCGCCGCUGCAACUAUCAGGAGUCAAGAAAUUCCGUGGAAGGUUGGCCGUUGAUCCUUCCGCCGCGUCUGGAACCAGAUUUUUCCUUCAUCGAGAGGCUAUCUUGGAAGGAAGAGGAAGCAAGUUUGCAAAGAAUCAAAAAACAAUGGCGCAGGCAGUUGAGGAAUGGUACAAGCAGAUGCCAGUCAUCACGCGGUCGUAUCUCACGGCCGCCAUCGUCACCACCAUCGGCUGUUCGCUCGAUAUAAUAGCUCCUUCUCAUCUGUACUUGAACCCGAGGCUGGUGGUUCAGAAGUAUGAGUUUUGGCGCCUCAUCACCAACUUUCUAUACUUUCGGAAAAUGGACUUGGACUUCAUGUUCCACAUGUUCUUCCUUGCACGGUACUGCAAGCUUCUUGAGGAGAAUUCAUUCAGAGGGAGAACAGCAGAUUUCUUUUACAUGCUUCUAUUUGGUGCCUCUGUCUUGACUGGCAUUGUUCUUGUUGGUGGGAUGAUACCUUACCUCUCAGAAUCAUUCGCCAAAAUUGUGUUCCUCAGCAAUUCAUUGACAUUCAUGAUGGUAUAUGUCUGGAGCAAGCAAAACCCUUUCAUCCAUAUGAGCUUCUUGGGCCUUUUCACCUUCACAGCAGCUUACUUGCCAUGGGUUCUGCUAGGAUUUUCUGUCCUUGUUGGAGCUAGUGCAUGGGUCGAUCUGUUGGGGAUGAUAGCUGGACAUGCAUACUACUUUCUUGAGGAUGUAUACCCCAGGAUGACUGGCCGCCGCCCACUGAGAACCCCAUCGUUCAUCAAGGCACUGUUCGCAGAUGAUCCUGUCGUGGUGGCGCGGCCAGCCAACGUAAGAUUUGCCCAGCCCCCUGCUCCCGAGCUUCACCAAGAUUGAGUGAUGAGAAACUACAAUCACCAAGCAAAAUGCAGCUCCCCGGUCAUCUCAUCCGUCCCUGCAUAUACAGUGCAACAACAACCCUUUUAGUGUUUCAGCUAUCUUGAGAAACCCCAAUUAAGUCUUCACAGUGUAUAUAGUACUGAUAUGAGUCGAUCGCUCGCAAUAUCUAACAAUGACAGACUUUUCUCCAUGUCCAUGCCCUCGUUAGUUUGCAGCAGGGGUUGACGUUUAGUCUUUAACCAUGUUGAGAAGUCAUUUCAUUGAUAGCUUGAUCAGAGAAAUUGUCAGCCUCUGUUAUAUAGCUUUCACUUAUGUUAAGACGCCUACGUGCAAAAAUUAAAUCAGCUUGCAAGGAUCUUCAUGUUGUUUUUGUAUUUGCAUUAUGUCAAACGUUAUUGAUGGCAAUUCAGAAUUCUGGAAUGCA